CUCAAUACACAUCAAUAAUUCUGGGUCAUUGUGUACUUCAUCUCGAUCCCACGAUCCUAGACUGUAGACAUUUGUCAAUUGUAUCGAUAGUCCUAGGCUAGGCUAAAAUGGCUGAAUUUGUUGGAAGCCAACGUAUUUUUGAUCAUAUCGUAAUAGGUGCUGGAAUAGAAGGCUCAUCGACAGCCUACCAACUUGCAAAAAACAAUAAAGUCGUACUACUUCUUGAGCAGUUUCCAUUGCCCCACUCACGGGGAAGCUCCCAUGGCAAGUCACGGAUCACCCGGUAUACUUAUGCGGAAGAGCAUUAUAUGGCCAUGAUGCCCGAGAACUUCAGAUGCUGGAAAGUUUUGGAAGAUGAAGUUGGAAAAGAGCUUUAUAAAAAAACUGGACUGUUAGGCAUACAAGAUGGUUUUGGAGAUGAAUACAAGGCAUCCCGUGAGCUGUUAAAGAGGAAUAACUUGAAAUUCUCUGAUAUUACUGCAACUGAUGCAUGCAGGAGAUGGCCAGGUCUGCGAUACAGCCCUAGCCACGGAAUGUUUCUGGAUCAAAAUGCUGGCAUUCUAAAAGCAGACCGUUGCCUAGAAGCUUUCCGUGAAAUGUUUUUAAAAUAUGGAGGAGUACUGCAAGACAGCGAGCCGGUACAAAGAAUAACACCAGGGACCAUGGUAACAGUGGAAACAAACGAGGCAACCUACAAAGCCAAGAAUAUUGUGGUUACCCCAGGAGCAUGGGCCUCUAAGCUUCUUCGUCCACUGGGCUUGCAUCUACCUCUAAAGGUUUGGCGUAUAAAUGUGUGCUACUGGAAAAUGAAGUGUCCGGAAGAACUUAGGAAUAUGCCAGUGUUCAUUGACUAUUCCGGUAGUCAUCAUGUCUAUGGAUUGCCUUGCUUGGAAUAUCCUGGUCAUGUUAAGAUUUGCUAUCAUGUUGGUAACGAAAUUAACGAUCCUGAACUGAGGGACUUAAAAGCAGGUGGUAGACAAAAUGAUAUUGAAACCUUGAAAGAAUAUGUGAGGGCGCACUUUCCAAGCUUAGAGCCACAGCCAAGUAUCAUUGAGACGUGCAUUUAUACUGUUACUCCUGAUGAUGGGCCUGUUUUGGAUGUACAUCCAGUCUACCCUAAUAUUGUCAUUGGCUGUGGAUUCUCAGGUCAUGGGUUUAAGUUAGCGCCAGUGGUUGGACAGAUUCUGUCAGAUCUCGCAACAGGAAGAAAACCGUCGUUUGACAUUUCUCACAACAAAAUAUCACGAUUUAACCUUCAGACUUCGCGCCUAUAACUAAUGAGAUCUUGCAUUAGUUUUAUAAUGGUGGACAUUAAUGGUGAAUUUUAAUGGUGGAUUCAAAUGGUGAAAUGGAGAGGGAAAGGGGUUUAGAUGCUGUUGGAAAUGCUGUUGAUAAGACAGGGCUCCCAAGUCGGAUGAAGUCAUUCCAUGUGGGAAGAUCUGGUUAAAUGAGCUUUCUCUCAAUAACACAUCCAAUUUUAUUAUUCUGCUCAUGGUGAUACCCAUCGUCACCGAUUUCUGUGAAACAGUUGAUAAAUAAAGUAGUAAAAACAUGCAAAUAUUAUAUGGAUUUGCGGAAGAUGCUUCAUUUUCUGAGAGGUUCGUUGGUGCUUGUGGGAGUGCUGGAGGCUGUCCCAAUUUCCGUGAGGCUCCCGAGUCUUGAUGAAGGUCAUACACUGAGUGUGCUUUCCAUAUGUCAUAUAAAAUAGAAGCAUGAAACUUCAAACAUGCUAUACAAUAAACUUCAAAGCUUUGAAUGCCUUAUACAAGACCUCCUUAAUAACCCAUUUAAACUAUGAAUAAACAAAGUAAUUUCGGGACGUCACUCAGUGAGUUAGUAUUAGUACAUAGGUAUGAAGGUAUAGCAUACAGCAGUGUUUAAAUAAGACAUCAAGAGUGUGUUGACUGGACAGCGAAACUAUAGCAUUCUUGCUAAUCGACCACCUUUUAUUUUUGUUCAACAUUUGAAUGGAGGUGGGGGGUGGGUGGUAGUGCUCAGGCACUCUGAGAACUCCUUGGAUACAUCACUGUUAUUAUCGCCUUUCAUCCUGAAUGUUCGUUGAAACGCUGCUUAGAUGAAUGAAGAAUUAAGUAGUGCUGUAUGUAAGCUAGCACAGUACUCAAUAUUUAGAAAUUUUACAUGAUAAUGUAUUGAUGCAAAUUUAAUCAACUGAUUUACUAUGAUUGCAGGUUUUACUAUACAUGAUAAUGUAUUGAUACAACUUAAAUAAACUGAUAGACUAUGUAGGUUUUACUACAAUAUCCAUAAAUAUUUUUUAAAUAUAUUUUAUGUAUAUGUUUGUCAAGGUUUAUAUUCGUUUUAAGUGAAUAAAAAUACCAUUACAUGAUAGCAAAAACAAUUGAUAAACAAGAUUCACUGUAUGCCCGGUGAUGUUGAGGUUGAACUCAGUGGUGGUGCCAAGGGGGGAGGGGGUGAGGCAUUAUUAGUUAAUGUUACAAUUGUAUAUAAUCUAUUUUCAUUUUACUGUAGUUAAAUAAUAUUUUUGUAUUAUUUUUUACUUUCUGUACUGCGAUUUAAUUAAUGUAUUAUGUAAAUAUCAUGCAAUUCAGCUGAUGCUGCCAUUUGAUUAUAAUAAUAAAAUUGAAAUUGAAAAAUAUUUCCCCUUCCCUGUCGGACAAGCCUUCACUCUCUGACUCCACAAUGAGAUAAUAACUUGCCUAUCCAAAUAACAUAAUUUUGAUUGCCAAUCCCUAAUAUUCUAGUCUUUGGACCCUAACGGACAUAUUUUUGUUGUCAAAGAUAGCAUCUUAUAUGUAAAAUGGAUGUCUCUUACUGCAUACAUAGCUUUGUUAUGAACUUCUGAGAAUAAUAUUUGAGAGCAUAUAUGAUAUAUUAUGGUAGUGCUGUAUUAUGUCACUUAUAUAUACAGCAUAAUCUAUAUAUUUACUUUAUAAUUUUAACAUUGAUGUAUAUUUAUGAACUUGUUUUCGAAAUAAAGCGAAUGAGUAUAUGAAUGAA